GGAAAAACGAAGUAGUGAAAAAUCAUACAUAGAAUAGUAGAAUGGAUUCAGGGAGUGAUAAUACAUCUGUGGUCAGUGGAACAACAAUUCACAGUGGAAAAAGUUCUCCUGAUUUGUCAUUUAACAUUUUAAAAGGAUUAGAUGGUAGGAGCUUCCAGAAUGCAAUCUGUGCCAGUGACAAUGCAAGCUCCCCAGUUAUUCCCAUUACAAGGUCAAGAUUUCAGAAUGUAAUAGAGGAACCUGUAUAUUGUAGUCCUUUAAAAAAGCAAAAGCAGUCAGAAGAUGACAUGGACUCUGAUAUUGAAUCCCACUUCUCCCAGUCUGUCCUGACAAAUGACAAACAGAAGGCUUAUACCCUCACUCAAACUCACGAAAUUCAUGCAGAUGUUUGUGAAAAGCAACCAAAAGAGACCACCAAUGAGGUGGACUCGCAAGACUCAGAUGCAACAAGACUCAGUUCUCAAGAGACCACUCAAACUGAAGACAGAGGAGAGCAAACUAAGAAAAAACAAAAAGAAAAGGGAAUACUAAAGCAGACAGGAGAAAGGCUUAUGGAGACACAAGAUGUCAACAAUUCUCAGAUUGGCGGUUCACAAGUUUUGUUCCCAGACUCCCAGAGUUCCAUUCAGAGUUUUGAUAAACAAAUAAUGAUGAGCUCCCAAACAUCAAGUGGGAUGUCAACAGCAUCCAGUAACCUCAAGGAUCUGGAAAGCACUCUGAGUAAAGAGGAAAUGGUAACUGCCUUUGGAAAGAUCAGAAAAAUUCAUGCCCAGAUUGAUAAGAACAUUAAAAAUAGAGACAUUUCUAAAAAUCAGAAAGAGUGUUUUGAGAAAAAGUUAGCUGUUGUCCACCAGUCUUUGAAGAACAUCAGUGAAAGAAUGAGCAAUGAAAAAGUGAGGAUAUCAUUUGAUGUGAAACACUCAGUGAAAACGGCGGCAGCCAGAGACAGACUGCGGGAGCAGAUGAAGGAUCUGACUCAGAGGCAGGCUGCCCUGAAAGAUUUGUUGAUGAAACAAGCCGAGUUGACUAGGUGCCUGAAACAAGGUACAGGCAACACAGCACAGAGCCAGGUUCAGAGAAAUCAGCCUAGUGAAAAAUCAAACGCAUUUGAAAACAAAGUGAAUGAGUGGAUGAAUAAAAAUCCUGUAUCAGUGAUGCCAGCCUCUCAAAAUAAUUCUCUCUUUGCACCUGCAUUGAAAAUUCCAAGCCAAGUGAGCAUGGAGAAAAAGAAUGAGUUCUUUAAAGGUCAGAAACAAGUCCAGACAACACCAGUGGUAGCUGGGGUACAAAGAACUGGAAAUACACAGACACUGCAUUCUGGGACAGGACUGCUUGCAAUACCAAUGAACAUAUCUAAACAAGCAGAAAACAUUCCAACGCAUGCAAUCCAUCAACCCAAAACUACAGCAUCAGAUACGAGAAGCAAUCAAACGAUAAUUUAUGUGUAUUCCCAAAACUCAAACACAGUCAAUACAGAAAAGGUGUUAGCACAAGUUCAAACACAAUCAAGAAAUCCUGCCCCUGUUCUGUCUCCACCAGCUACAAAAAAGAAUCCUCAAACAAAAGCACCAACAACGCAAUCAUCUCAAAACUUUAAGAGGCCAUCAGAAAUCAUGAAAUCACCACCUCUCUUUAAUCCAAACUCCUUCCUACAAAAGACUCUGAAAUCUCCUCCAGUGCAGUCGACAUUGAAACCAUCAUUCAAAUCCCCUCCUAUAUCUCUUCCAAGAUCAGCAGCAGAGGAGAAAAAUAUAUCCCCAAGCACAGUGUGUUCCAGUGAUGUCUUUCCUGUGUCCUGUAAAGAACUGGGAAGGAGGAUACAGGAGCGGAUUGCUAGUCAGAGAGAGGCUGAAUCCCAGCAACUAUUACUAGGUCAAAGGUCAUAUACAUGUACUGAUACAUCGCAAGGUCAAAGGUCAUAUACAUGUACUGAUACAUCGCAAGGUCAAGUGUCAUAUUUAUCACAAAGAGGGGGUGAUCAAAUAUCAUUUUCUCAAGGGAAUGAAUCUAAUGGUUGGAAAAAACAAGGAACUCCUGUAAAAAUCAUUUCUCUCACAGAGCAAUGUAGUACAAAGGCAGCUGCAGAAAAUAUGGAUAUUGGAUGUGAACAAUCACAAUAUGAGAAGUAUGGUGGUCUGAAGUUCCCUCCCUUGAAAUCUCUCAUAGAUUUACAUGUCCUGUAUCCAGCAGAAAAUGUUUUAGCAGCUCUGUACAUGGGGAAAGUUUUCACAGCAUCUUUGACCAUGAUGGGCAAUAUUGAGGGUAAAGGGGGAGAGGUCUUUAACACACCUAUGAAAUGGCUCAGUGCGGUAAAGGGAGGGGAGGUGGUAAAAAAGGCACAAGCUUACAGAGAGAUAAAGUAUGAUGGCCAUUCACUGAAAAGUUAUGUAGAUGGUGAACAACAAACCUCAAUUGAAAAAAUCAAUGUGCUAAAACAAAGAAGUGUCCAGGAAAAACAAGAGACAAAAGACCAUCCUGAACACAGAAAUGAGACAUCCAAACCAAUGGAUGAUGAGGACAAGGAAAUGGCAGAUCUACUUUUUCAAUGCAAAGUUCAGUUGUUGGAUAAAACAGACUUGGUUCCUAUGGAUGAUCUUCCAGAGAAUUUCUGGAGCAGUGAUUUCAGGGAUGUGCAUCUAUCUUAUUCUUUCUGGAAUCAGUUAAAUGACUGGAAAACCCUUGCAGAACCAUUGACAUUAUAAAAGGCUGUAUCAAACAAAGACAAAUCUCUUUACUG